UAUCGCGGACAGGCGGUGCCACGUCCCUACCUCACUCUAUACGAGUACAUAAUGCUGUGUGAUGCCGCUGCUGUUCGUUUCGUCUUGUCUCGCGCUUUUGGAGGUCCCCCACAUGUACAACCAUAUGCAAGCGUACGCACCUCUCCCCUCCCUCGACAUCUUGUCCCUCUGCAUUGUGAUGCUUCCCUCCCGUCUCAUAUCCGUAGCAUUUCUCCUCACCUUCUUCAAUACCUUCGCUCAUCACAAUGCAUCAGUAAUGUCGUAUCUAUACCGGGAUCCCCCCUCUUCCCUGCCCACCCUUUUUACUAUGUCUUCUAUGUUUAACAUAUUCGUACUGAACUUAUAGAUGCAGCGCUCUUCCUCCUGUAUUUGUGUCGGGUAUGGGUAUGGACUAGUGGUUGGCAGAGGCUCGGCCAUGUAUUGUACGUCGAGCGUGGAACGUUGAAGCGAGCCCUUCGUGUAGACCGUCUCCCAUGGGCUGGGCUACCCGUCACCUGCGGAAGGUUCAAGGACCCCGGCGGGCCUCGUCCUCAAAAUGGGGGUGCGGAGG